AUGACGGUCACCGUGGUGUAUGAUAACUCUGAGGCCACAGAGCUCUGUGCAGCUCAGCACCUCUACCUCAAGCCCAUAGCAAAACUGAUGAUCAAUGUAUUGCUCCCAGAGAGCUCAGAACCCAUGAGACCCUUCUCCAACUGGGAAGUUCUCGACCAGCUUAAGAGCCUAAUUUGCCCUGAUCAGUUCACCACAGUCCGGCUCUCUAAGAGUACCAAGGACUUCAUCCGGUUCGAGGGGGAGGCCGAAACGCGAAGUCUGGUUCAGAUCUUGAAGGCAAAGUUACAUGGAAAGAUCAUCAAGCUAAACGGUUUGAAAACAGACUUAAAAGUAGUGGCUACGGACGCCCAGGGAGAGUGGGAGCGCUUCCCCAGGGAGAAGGAGGCCUCAUCGAGUGAUGGGGCUGAAGAGCAGGACCAGGAUAAGAGCCCCGACUCUAUAUAUUUUGAAGGCUUGCCCUGCAAGUGGUUUGCACCUAAAGGCUCCAGCGGGGAGAAGCCCUGUGAAGAGAUCCUCCGGGUGGUCUUUGAAAGCUUUGGGAAGAUCAAGAAUGUGGACAUCCCUAUGCUAGACCCCUACCGAGAAGUGACGACUGGUGGGAACUUCGGGGGCUUCGGCUUCGGCUUGCAGACGUUUGAGGCCUUUAUACAGUACCAGGAGUCGACGGACUUUGUAAAAGCCAUGGAGUCCCUUCGAGGUAUGAAGCUAAUGCUCAAAGGAGAUGAUGGGAAAGCUCUGGCCUGUAACAUCAAGGUUAUGUUUGAUAGGACCAAACAUUUCAGCGAAGGAGCCAUAAGGAGGAGAAAUCAAGAAAGGCUAAAAUUACAAGAACUAGAGGAAGAAAGGAAAAAAGAAAAGAGGAGAGACGAGGAAGAGGCUGCGAGGAAAAGAAAAGAGGAGGAGAGGAGAGCCCAGGAAAAGAGGAGGAGGGCCAGGGUCAGGCGGCGAGCCCUGAAGGAAAGAGACAGACACCGGCAAAGGAAACAGAAGGAGCCAGCCAAAGCUGAAGCUGCGCGUGAGCCCGACUCUUGGGAAGAGUGGGAGGAGAGGAAGUGCCUGCUGGCUCAGAGGAGGGGGGAGGCCCUUCGGUUGCUACGCGUCCUCUUGAGGAAAAUUGCAGAAUCCACCCAGUUUAACCCACAGGGGGUAGACGAUCCAAGCCCCAGAGCGAACCACACUCCAGCGAACAUGUCGAAAACUCUGAAGAAAGAAGAGCUACACAGCCAGUACCUUCAGAACCAAGAAGAAAUGCCAAAAUAUCAGGUUGCCAAGUUACACCAUAAACAAAAACAAAAAAUGAAGAAAAUAAAUAGGGCUCACUUACAUCAAUCUCCCCACCACCUUAGGAGAAAAGAAAUAAGCUCUUCAACUAGAGGAGCAAGAGCUGGAAAAUCAUUAGCCGAUGGAUACAAUGAGAGUUCGGUCUCUGACCAGAGUUCUCUGCAGAAUGCAACAGUCCAGGGUCAGCCUCUUGAGAAAGAAGACCGCAGCAAUUCUCAUAAAUCCGAUUCCUCCAGAUUGUUUGAGCGAGGGCGUGGCAGGAAACAGAAGAUCUAUGAAACAGAUGAAUUUAUUGAUUACAUGUUAAACUGCUAUCAACCUCCAAACUAUGCCCGUAUCUGCCUAGAACCAAGUGGCCCAGAAAGCACGCGUGAGUGGCAGAGGGCUGUCCAUGCUAAGGGAAAUGGAAUUCGAGUCACUUUGAGAAAACGUAACUAUCACUCCCCCAGCCUGAGCCCAGUGCAAACCCUGGCAACAAGACGACAGGCUCAAAAAGAUGAUGGCUGCUCAGAGAUUUGUACUCGGGGUCCUGAGCAUAAACCACAAAAGAGAGGAAGAGUGGAUUAUGCCAAAGAAAGUCGCAAGGAGUUAAAUCUUUGCAAGGACACAGCCAGUGAGGCUGGUGGUCAUUUGUCCCCAACUGAUGCAAUGAGCAAUCUGUCGGAAGAGAUUUAUGCUUACGAGGUCAGAGUUUCCAAAUCCACCAGUCAAAGCCAGGAUUCCUCACCCAACAGGUCAGCAGACUUAGAAAUGGAGUUGACCGAUUUCUUAGAGGAAAUUAGUAGUGAUUCUGAAUGCUUCAGUGAAAUCCUUAGCAUAAAGAAAGAAGACAAUGAGAAAUCUGUGACUACAUAUGAUAGCUCCCCAGAAAAAAGAUCUCUUGAUGCUGCUGAAAUUAUCACUAGCGAUCAAGAAGUUAGGUCAAGUCCGCAGACCUGGUGUUCAGAGUGGAACCGCGAGGGUGAGGAACGCUACUCUAAACAUGAGCCUUGGAAACCAGUCAAGAGGUCCAGGUAUGAGUUGACAGGCUCAUGGCUUGAAGGUGAAAAUGGUUCCAUGAGAGGUGAGAAGAAGAAUAGCCGAAACAGGGAAACACUGGCCCCCAAAUAUUUGCUUGAUGAAGGCUACUACCGUGGAUCCAGCCCCAGUGAUCUGUUAGACGACAUGGUAAGAAAGAGGAAGAGGUUCGAUGAUAGCACAUUCGGCCAGAACGUGAACUAUAGGCCCCCUCAUGUGCCAAUAACAUCAUCAAACAGCGCCGAUGUUUUCUACUUGAGGGGUUCCCCCCGAAGAAGAGAGACCCCCUGGAGGCCAGACUACAACCAGGAGGUGAGAAGGUGCAAAAGAUAUGAGAAUUCUAAAGAUUCCAGGCUGAAUUCUGAUAAUUAUUAUAUGAGACGUAACAGUCAGGAGCACGCGGACUAUGAAAGCUAUUCACAAAACAGCCACACUAGUCCUCUGUAUUAUCAAAUGUUUUGA